AUGAAGCAGUUAGCCCCGAAUUGGAUAGUGUUAGUAUGCUUAUAUCCUAGCAUUAUGCUGUUCGGUAGUCUUACUGGUUCAUUAGGAGGUUACAAUAAAUCAAAUGGUAAUGGCCAUAAUGAUAUUGAUGAUUUGCCCAGUGAACCUUCAGAUAAAUUUUGGUUAAUUAGAUCUAACAGUUGGUUCAAUCAACUAUUUGCAUAUAACGGUAAUACCGUUUUCCUAGGGCUAUUUUUAAUAAUAGUGUCAUUGCAGGUUUAUUUCUCAAGAGAGGAUGCAAGAUUAUCAUUACCUAUUGAAAUUAGAACUAUUUCACGCAUAAAACAAUUUCAAACUAAACAUUAUUUAAGGAUUGCCAAAGAAUAUAUUUGUAAAUUAAUAUUAAAAUAUUUUUUCUUAUAUUUAGAAUUUCUGUUCAUUGAUCAUUUAUUUGUAUUGACUGGUGGUUAUUGUACAAAUGGUAGUGGUACUCGAGAUGCUAUGAUAUGUAGAUCAGGAAAUGGUGAAUGGGUUGGUGGAUUUGAUAUUAGUGGUCAUUUUUGUUUUUUAGUUACUUUAAGUUUAAUCAUAUGGUUGGAAUUAUUUAAGUUAGAAGAAUUUAUUAGAUCAAGAGAUUUAAAAUCCAAUGUAACUAAUGAGGUUAUAUUUAUGGUUUUUUUUAUUGUAUCGAUUUUAAUACUUUGGAUAGUGAUGUUAUGUGUCACCUCUCUAUAUUAUCACACGUUCGUGGAAAAGCUGCUGGGUUGCAUAAUGGGUUAUAUAUGUCCUAUUGUAAUGUAUCGGGUGUUACCAAGGAAUACUAUAUUUACACGUUACAUAUAUAAGUAA